AUGUUGAAUCAGAUCAUCUCCCACCUCAGCAUUUUAAAGCCCAAAGACAACAUGUGCCAAUACAUGCCCUUCGUUUCCGCGCCUGCCGCCCGCUCUCGUACACGUAUCGUGACCAUAACGACAGCCUGCGUCAUUCUCGUCUUCUUUCUAUCCACGAUCUCUUUUCAUCCAGUGGAAAAGGCGAAGCAGUACGGAAUGUUCAAGCCUACGGGGAUACCAGGAAAUGGACCCAUACCCAGCAUUGUGCACUAUGUUCAGAUCAAGAAAGAGGCGAAUUCGGUUCUGAAAUUCCCCUUCUCCAGCUUCCUAAACAUAUACGCCGCUGUCAUGUACAUCAGGCCGACGAAGAUCUACAUUCACACCGAUUUCAACGAAAUGGAAAUCAAGCAAGCAGGCGAGCAGGGUGACCGGUGGACCAAGGCAGUCGUCAAUACCUUCGCUGACAUUCUUACAUGGAAUCCCGUUCAUGCGCCCAACUUCGCUGGUCAAAACCAGAACAAGCCCAUCGAUGCUAUCCAGCACAAGUCGGACUUCCUCCGCUGGGAAACUAUUGAAAAGAUUGGCGGUAUCUACUUGGACUGGGAUGUGAUAGCGCUGCGGCCUCUCGCACCAAUCAUGAACACAGGCUUCGCCUUCAUCGGCGGCCGCCAUUAUGGUGGCUCUACCACAAAAGAAUUAAAUGGCACCAUCAACAAUGGUGUCUUCUUGACGACGCCAAACAGCACCAUAGCGCGCAUCAUCGUACGCGAGCAACAUGCUGGCUUUGACGGUCGUUGGGAGGCCAACCUGCAAAGCAUGACACUGAUUGCCGAGCGUCUCCUCCCGAUUCCGUACGAAGUCCUCAUCCUGGACCGCAACUCUUUCUCACCCACGCAUUGGCUGAAGGAGAGCACUGAUCCCCUAUUCAUACCCAACGAAAACAAGCCAUCACCUAUACCCCAGGUCAUCGACUCGACGGACCCAAUGAAGCUGUACGAAAAUGCCGUUUUGAACAGGAGAAGGCGUGCCGAUUGGGAGAUGGACUUUUCUGCGACCUAUAUGCUGCAUGCCUUUCAGUUGGGUAGAUACCAGCAGCAUGUCACGCCUGAGAUCAUUCUUAGUCGAACCAGCAACUUUGGAAUUGCAACGUAUGAUGUUGUCAAGCGCAUGUCGGACCUUGGCUAUCUCGACGGCGCAGAUGAGAGCUAGAGUCGCCCUGAGGUAUACGGUUACCUUUUUCCUAAAUGCAGUCUAGAUGCGGAAAGUCUGCUAUAACUACCCGGUAUGGAUUGGUUAAUGAAGACCUGUCUCCAGCCACCUAGUCGAGAGGUCCUAGGCAGUAUCUGCCUAUUCACACGCACGGCAGUAAAGAGAUGUAAAGCCUACUUCACAACUGCAAUCACGCCACUAAAUUACAGCCUCUCGACCUGUACGCGAUAUGCAGUCUUUGGUGGAUCAAGCGCACUGGAGGUACAUAGCUGAAGCUUGUCAAAGCUACGCGAUCAUUUACUCAACAGAGCCACGAUCGCACGGCUGGAUACCGCUUGGCUGGACACUGCUUGGC